CGUCGAUAUAUGGUGAGGUGGAAUCGGAGCCGUCGGAUAACACGCGGCUGAUCAGAAGCGUCUCUGCAAAGGAGAAAAGGGGGCAGAGAAAUUCAAACCAGUUUCCAUCGACGAAACGACCUCAUACGAUCCCUCUCGUUAGGCUCUUCUUCUUUCUAACUUCCAGAGACAAGUUGUAUAAGUCAAUUUCUGCGUAAUUAAGGUGAAAUGGCGAGGAUAAAACCUCAGGCUCUUCUUAAUCAAAGCAAGAAGAAGAAGACUCCGAGUCGCAUAAGUAUUUCGACUAUUAUUGUGUGUAACCUUGUAGUUGCUGUAGUCAUACUAUCGUUGGUCACUACUUAUCGUCAUUGGUCUCAGAGGUCAAGAAACACAAUUGAACAGGAAACCCAGAGUCAGAGAUUUGAGGACACAAAUGCUGCAUCAGGACAAAAGAAUUACGAUCUUCCUGGUUAUGCUGAUAUAAAUACGUCAAAAGGUCUUAUAACUGUGGAACUCUUUAAAGAAGCUUCCCCCGAAGCUGUGGACAAGUUUCUAGAUCUAUGUCAAAAAGAUCACUUCAAGGGAAUGCCGUUUCAUCUUGUUAUAAAAAACUACUUGGUACAAGCUGGUCACUCCCCGAGCUCUAUACCUGUUGAAGAAUGGACAGCUAAAGGAAAGCUCCGUGGUCGCCUUCACACAAGCCCAAAACAUGAGGCAUUCAUGUUGGGGACACCAAAAACCAAAGGAAACAACAAGGAUUUUGAGCUUCUGAUCACAACGGCGCCAAUUCCGGAUCUGAAUGAUCAGCUUAUAGUGUUUGGAAGAGUCCUUAAGGGGGAGGAUGUAGUACAGGAGAUUGAGGAAGUUGAUACGGAUGAGCAUUACCAACCGAAAUCGCCGAUAGGGAUCAUUAGCAUUGUACUGAAAAGAGAAAUAUGAAAUGAAAACCUUUCUUCUUUCUUCCUCUGUAAAUGAGGCCCACGCCAAAUAUUUCUUCAUGCUCACUGUUUGUAUCAUCCCUCUUUUGAGGUUUUUUUUUUCUUUUAUAUUUAACUGAUAAUUUCUUCUUGCUUUGUAAUUUUAUCUAAACUUUUCUCGAGGAAAAUAGCAUCUUUUGUUUAAUUAAUACGCUUCUCCU